GUGAAGAGGAACGCUGCGGACACACUGACUCCUCAAGAGCAGAUCUUAAAUCUUUUUCAGUUCAACAACGAGAGUCGAGGGAUUAGUUUUCAAGCUGCUCAAGUUACCUGCAAAGAAUUGUUUACUUCAAAAAACAUAAUCCAUCUUCCCCAGAAAAUGUGUUGUACAGUACCCUCGGAGUGCUUUGUGUUUCUACUGGUGAUGUGCUCCCUCAAUAAGCUGCUUGUGGCUGAAAGUUCAGAGGAAGACCAUCAGGAACUUUUGAACCAUUACGGAGAACAUCCGCCGGCAAUCACCAAGGCCCAGUUCAGAUGCUUCCAGCGGAUGGUGAGAGGAGACGAUCAAUGCAAAACUCAAAGAACUGGACCAAAAUGUAACAUGACAUGGGACGGCUGGUUGUGCUGGGAUGAGACUGAAGCAGGACUCAUUACAGAACAACACUGCCCUGACUAUUAUAAGGACUUGGACCCUUAUGCGCUAGCAUCAAAAGUCUGUACGGAAUCAGGCAAGUGGUGGCGUCACCCAGACAGCAAUCGGACAUGGACCAACUUUACCAAAUGCCAUGCCAACACAACUCAUCAUGGCACGGUCGUGAUGACUCACUUCUACCUGGUCAUGAUUGGUCAAGGGCUGUCACUAGUCUCAUUGAUUAUAUCACUAGGAAUCUUCUUCUAUUUUAAGAGUCUGAGCUGCCAGAGGAUCACGUUGCACAAGAACCUCUUUGUGUCGUUUGUUCUGAACUCAGUCAUCACUGUAAUGUGGCUGACAAAAGUGGCCAAGGAACAAGGGCACGCUUCCAACGACUCAGUGAGUUGCAAGCUGCUCGCGUUCAUCCACCUCUACCUGUUUAGCUGCAACUACUUCUGGAUGUUGUGUGAGGGCAUCUACCUGCACACUCUCAUUGUGGUGGCCGUGUUUGCAGAGAAGCAGCAUCUCAUGUGGUAUUAUCUGCUCGGCUGGGGUUUCCCGUUGGUGCCAGCAGUGUUACAUUCCAUUGCACGCCACUGCUACUAUAAUGACAAAUGCUGGGUCAGCUCAGAUACAUCACUACUUUAUAUUAUUCACGGUCCCAUCUGUGCUGCAUUGGUGGUAAGUGUAUAUCCACCCAUCCGUUCAGCCACCCAACCGUCCAUCAGUCCGUUUUUACUUCAAUGGCUGCUUUGCUGCUUACAGGUGAACCUCUUUUUCCUUCUGAACAUUGUGCGGGUUCUCAUUACUAAGCUGAGAGUUACCCACCAGGCCGAGUCCAGCCUCUACAUGCGAACUGUUAGGGCUACACUCAUCCUCAUUCCACUGCUCGGGAUUCAAUUUGUGCUCCUGCCCUACAAGCCUCAGGAGCAAUGGGUCUAUGAAAUCUAUCUCUACGUCAUGGAGAUCCUCAUCCACUAUCAGGGUCUCCUUGUGUCCACCAUAUUCUGCUUCUUUAAUGGGGAGGUUCAGAGCGUUUUGCGGAGACACUGGAAUCAGCAGCGGAUGCAGUUUGCUGGCACUUUUGCGAAUGCCGACCUCUUCCGCUCGGCCUCCUACGUGGCGUCGUCACUCACCGAAGUCCACCGCUGCUACAGCAUCGAGAGCACAGAGCACAACAACGGCAAAAGCUAUUCAGACAUAUUCCGAUCUGACAGCCCAUUUGUUUGACAAGGAUUUUCCAAUCCAGAGGAACUCUGAUUCUAGAACAGGAUCCAAGCAUUUUCCUUCCUAGUACAAUUUUCCAUUGCAAUUGUUUUCGAGAACAAGAAAGUAAAUGGACAUCUUGAUGAGCUUCUCUGAGAUGUCCUUCUCACAACAAAAACAUGAGGCAAAAUGCCUGUUUAGAAUUUUGCCAUUCUUCUAGUUACAGUUUCACCCAAAGCACUGAAAGUUGCAUGCGAGCAUUUAACAUUUCCCCACGGAAGGUAAUGGUGCAUUUUAAAGUGACGUUGUAGUCACAUUUCUUUGACGGUUCCUUCUCCUUUUUUAUUUUUGAGUAUGGCGAGUUUUGCCAGUUGUUGUUGUUUUUAAUUAAUUAUUAUUAUUUAUAAUUUCUUCAUGUACAAUCCACAAAUACUUGGGUUUCCUAUUUUUUCUUAUUCCAAAAUGCUGGAAAUGAGAUAAUGGCACGAUGAAUAUCAUAUUGUAUAUAAAUAACACGUAUUUUGACAUUCAAUGUAAAUAAGGAUUUUUUUUUAAGGAGUGGCUGUUAUGGCAAUGUGUUCAGGAGCUGCAGGUUUUAGCCUUCUAAAAUAUUGACUGAUUUAUGAGCCUCCACUGGAAAGCUAGUCUAAAAAUACUUCGUUAUUUUCCUUUAUUGACCAUUAGAAUACAAUAAACAUUUUGGUGACUUGCAUCUCAUCUGAAUAAUGUUGUUUUUUAAUAAGCAUUAAUGUCGUAUGGACAGGAAUUAUUGUUGCUGUAAUAAACACGGCUGUGUAAUGACCAACUGCUGAUACCAUUUUGCUGACAUUUGCAAAUAUCACACUAUUUCUCUUAGUCACAUUGAAGAAAAGACGGGAUUUCCUUUUCUGAAUUUAGAACUUGACCGCUGUAUGCUUUCAUCUAGCACGGGAAAAAAGAGAAAGUUUCAAAGGAGAAUCCUUUCAGAGGAACAUUUGUCAACCCUGAAACAGCGAAACUGAAAAAGCAAUUAAUGUAGCACACAUUUCAAUUCUCAUGAACCAGGAUGUUUACCAUUUGUUUGUCCCCACUCCUUUCCCAACCCCUCCCAUAUUUACCUCUGAGUCGGAGGUAUCCCUCA